CGCAGUGAUUCGAUGUGUCGUAAAAUUUCCAAUCGCCACAACAGCCCUCAAGCAGGAUGGGAACUGAAGACGCUUGACACCUUCUCUUCAGAAGCCCGAUUUCUAAUUUGAUGGGCUAUAAGCUUGGUUUCGGGACGCAACAAGACUUACGACCAUGGAAGAUAUGGAAGAUGCCAGCUACGACCUGCACGAUGACCACAAUCACAACCAUUGUCCGGGCGCUAGGAACGUCCAUGCGUAUCUCCGAAGUCAGCUGUCAGAUGUAACGCCAGCGUUCAAUCAGCCUCGACCCUGUUCAUCCGUACCCGGACUGCCAGAACAACAGGAGAAUCGAGAAAAGGUUAGCGUCGGUAGCUCGAGCGAUUCAAAGUUCAUGGACUCAGAUUCCAGUAGCGAAAGCAGUGAAGUCAGCGAGGCGGACAGUCCAGCUUCAUCAUCAGCCUCCGCUGCAGGGAAGUUUGCCCUCAACUCUGCCUCCAAGUUCCUUUUAAAUGAAAUGGCUGUGGAAGAUUACCGAAGAAAUCACUGGCCAAACCUGGAGAAAGUGAUUAACCUUCUGCUUGUCCAAAAGCCCACAGACCACAUCUCCAUUUCCUAUGCACAGAUAUACAGUUGUGUCUACAAGUGUGUUUGUCAGCAGCACUCUGAGCUGCUCUACAGAGAUUUGACGUUGAAAAUUACAACUCAUCUCAAACAAGUCUCCUCCCAGCUACAAGACAGCUCACCUGAGGACUUCAUUGAAAACUUCAGCCUUGCGCUGACCCAAUACACAGCUUCCCUUCAAUGUAUAGUUCCUGUAUUUAUGUACAUGAACAAGUUCUACAUUGAAACUAAGUUAAACAGAGACCUGAGAGAAGAACUGAUGAAGUUAUUUGCAGAUCAUGUCGCAGAACAACAUAUAAAGACAUUGAUGCCUCUCCUUAUCAAAGCCCAUUCUAUGCCCUUUCAAGUACAGCCAUCAACGAUGGCUAAUGUGGUCAAAGGUCUCCACAGUCUCCGGCCAGAGUGGGCCCAGUUAGCCCCGGCCCUCUUCUCUUGCUUUAUUCCCCAAAUCAAUCCUCCCACUGUGGAAUCUCAGCUGUCCGACUACGCUGCUCAUGACCAGAAACUACAGAUGGAGUUGUCCAUGAACGGCUUCCCAAGAGGGGAUCAGUCUCGCAAGCGGGCCAGCGAGGACUCGUGAUAGUGUGGAUAUUGCAACGGCAUCACAUAUGUCACAAAACUAUCACUGUGCCUCCUACGUCUGUAUCAGAAACUGGCUUACAACAUUGAAUAUGAUAUGAACAAUGAAUAAGCUGUUUCCAUCUAUCCUAACUCUCACAAACACUGUGUAUAUUUAAGUCCAGCUGAAACGGCAUUUCGACUGUAUCUGACUUCCACAUCGUGAUAUAUUUCCGAGUGAAACAGGAUAGAUGGGUGAGACAUAAUGUGGGAGGAAUUUGAUUUGAACAUUAAAAAGUGGGUGUUUUGUUAGCUAGCUAACUAAUGAAUAUUAGCUCUGUGCUGCUAAAAGUUGAAGA